AAGACUUCAGCCGAUGAAGAGUCUUGGAUUGGUUGUAACGUUAGCUAGCUGUAACUUAGCUAUGAAUUCAAGACAGAAGAUAGCGUUCAAGUUUUCAUUUCAAGACAGCUUAACAGCCUUGACCGCCUUUAUCAUCUGUAAACUGCUUUUCACAUCAUGCAAACGAAUGAGAAAGUUCUUUGAUUAGCUAGAUGGCGAUUUGGUUCGUGGUGGAAGGAUUACGAGCAUGGAGAACGUCAGGGCCCAGUUUCCAUUUCCUUACCAGCCCUAUAAAAUCCAGGAGGAGUUUAUGCAAGCCCUGUACGGCGCACUAGACCAGAGCAAAGUUGGCAUCUUUGAAAGUCCAACUGGAACGGGCAAGUCUCUGAGUCUGAUAUGUGGAGCGCUGAGCUGGCUCACAGACUUUGAGGAGAGGAGAAGACAGGAGGCAGCUGCUCUGCUGCAGGAAAGAGAGACAGUCCUUUCUUCCUCUGUUGCCGAGUCCUCCGCCGCUGGCUCGUCAGCAGAGCCUGACUGGAUCACAGACUUUGUUCAAAAAAAGGCAGAACGUGAUUUGGUGUCAAAGUUGAAGGAGAACGAACUGAAAAGAAAGAAGAGGGAGGAGCGAUUAGAAAUGAUCAGAAACAACGUUCAACUAAAGUAUGCAAUGAAAAGAAAGAGCUAUGAAGAGGAUGAAGCAUUCAAGUUGCUCCAGCUCAGCAAAGAAGAACAAACAGAGGCACCAGGAGAUCAAGAGGACGAGGAGCUCAUAAUCGCAGAAUAUGAAAGCGAUGACGAGUCAAAGCCCAGAAGCAGAUUCGGUGGAGCUGAGGAGGAAGACGAUGAUGAUGAACUGGUUGAAGAACAUGUUACAAAGAUUUACUACUGCAGUCGCACUCACUCCCAACUGGCCCAGUUUGUCCAUGAGGUUCAGAAGAGCCCUUUCAGCAAGGACAUCAGUCUGGUCACACUGGGCUCACGGCAGAAUCUUUGUGUCAAUGAGGAGGUGCGUCGCCUGGGCAGCAUUCAGCGCAUUAACGACCGCUGCAUGGAGAUGCAGAAAAACAAACAUGAGAAGCAGCAUCAUGAGGAGGGUGUGAAGCGUAAGCGAGGUCCAGCAAAGGCUGUGUGUCCCUAUUAUAAGGCCUCAGCAUUGCAGCAGAUGAGAGAUGAAGUUCUGGGGACCGUGCACGAUAUAGAGCAGCUCCUGAAGCUCGGCAGGGAAACGCAUUCAUGUCCUUACUACGCCACGCGCCUCGCUAUUCCCCCUGCACAGUUGGUGGUGUUGCCCUAUCAGAUGGUGCUGCAUGAAGCUACAAGAAGGGCAGCAGGGAUUCAGCUGAAGGGACAGGUGGUGAUAAUAGACGAAGCUCACAAUCUAAGUGACACACUCUCCUGUAUACACAGUGCAGAGCUCACUGGAGCACAGCUUUGCCGCGCCCACUCUCAGCUCACCCAGUACGCUGACCGCUUCAGGGCCCGGCUGAAGGCAAAGAACCUGAUGUACAUAAAACAGAUUCUGUUCGUGAUUGAGGGGCUUGUCCGGGUGCUGGGGGGUAAAGUGGGGCAGAAUCCACAGAGCCAGACUACACCAGCAGGAACAGAGAUGCUCACCAUUAACAACUUCCUCUUUAAGGCUCAAAUCGACAACAUCAACUUGUUUAAGUUACAGAAAUACUUUGAGAAGAGCAUGAUCAGCAGAAAACUGGGUGGUUUUGUGGAGAAGUAUGCAGGUUCAGGUGUGAGUGUGCACACUCAGAGCAGCUCCAACAAGGAGAACCGACGCACGGAGGGCUUAAACCGCUACCUUCAAACACUACAGAACAACCAGAACCCUGCACCAGUUUCUUCAGAGGACCAGCAGGGGUCUACAGAGGCAGAGAAAGCGCUUUCUGCAUCCCCAAUGAUGCAGGUGGAAGGCUUCUUCAUGUCUCUCACCAACAGCAACGCUGACGGCAGAGUGGUGUUGCACAGACAAGGUACUUUAUCAGAGAGCAGUGUCAAGUUCCUCCUGUUGAACCCGGCGGUCCACUUUGCCCAGGUGUUGAAGGAGUGCAGAGCAGUCAUCAUUGCUGGAGGAACCAUGCAGCCUGUUUCAGACUUCAAACAAGAGCUACUGUUUUCUGCCGGAGUGGGAGAGGAGCGCAUCACUGAGUUUUCCUGUGGUCAUGUAAUCCCUCCUGAGAACAUCCUUCCCAUCGUCCUGUGCAGCGGUCCGUCUGGUCAGGAGUUGGAUUUUACUUUCCAAAACCGAGACUCUCCACGCAUGAUGGACGAGACGGGCCGCAUUCUCUCCAACAUUUGUAACGUGGUACCGGGUGGUGUUGUGUGCUUCUUCCCUUCUUAUGAGUACUCGAGGCGUAUCAUUUCACACUGGGAGGCCAGCGGGACUCUGACUCGCCUGGCUAACAAGAAGAAGAUCUUCCAGGAGCCAAAGAGGGCCAACCAGGUAGAGCAGGUGCUGAGUGAGUUCUCCCGUUGUAUCCAGAGGUGUGCUCUGGACGGCGGCGGACUCACAGGAGCGUUGCUGUUCUCUGUGGUGGGAGGAAAGAUGAGUGAGGGCAUCAAUUUCUCUGAUGAGCUUGGCAGGUGUGUGGUGAUGGUGGGAAUGCCAUAUCCCAACAUCAAAUCCCCAGAGUUGCAGGAAAAGAUGACCUAUCUGGACAAACACCUGCCUCAUAGUGGAGGAAGGAGCCCUGGACAAGCACUAAUAGAAAACCUCUGCAUGAAGGCGGUCAAUCAGUCCAUAGGAAGAGCUAUCCGUCACCGUGGCGACUAUUCCUCCAUUGUGCUGUGCGACAGACGUUACUCUCGACCCGCUACGCUCUCUAAACUUCCAACGUGGAUCAAAAAUCGCACUAGCACACACCCAAGUUUCGGCCCCGCUUUCGCUGCCUUGCGGAAGUUCUUCCUGGAGAAAAAGCAAAAGCAGGUGUAGCUUCACUCCCACUGGGCUCAACUGACACUUUCAAGUAUUCAGCUUUGUGACUUAAAGAAUGGAACAAGAUCAAUAUUGGGAAGAACUCUGGGAAAACUGAGUGCAACGGCAGUCUCUGCUAUUUCAGGAGCCCGAGAAACUGAAUAUGUUCUAAUAAAAAUACUGAAAGAUAAUUAAAGGGCCUCUGUAAUAAGUUCCUCAUCAUAAGGUCGCCACAGUUCUUUUACGCUGCUUUAUGUUUACAUUCUUCAACAUUUUGCAGGCUGGAGUUCAGCGAUCAUCCAGGGAGGCAGUUUUUCCUGUUUUCAGUGCUUCAUACUUGCUUUAUUUUAUAUUUCAACUCUAGGAUCUAGUUUACGUGUUGUGUUCUGCUUUGGUCUGCUAACAUCUCUGGUUUAGACAAGUUGAGAUUAUUCAGAGAAUAAUGAACACAAGUGUUUGACGGCACAAUGAAGACAAAGGCCAGAUGGACAUGUAUCACUGGGAUGUCUUCAAAUUCAGUCUGGAACAUGUUGCAGGAGACACAGAAGAAGGUUUUUUAUAUUCAGCAUGUUGAAAUGAAUUACUGAAGCAGCUCCUGCGCAGAUAUCAAGCACAUCACUGGCGUCCAUGUGACUGAAAUAUUAAAUAUUUAAAGCAUUCAACAUGAAGCGUUAUGUAAUGCAAAGAUUGCUUUAUUUAAUAGAAAGAUGUUAGUGAGAUGGUUCCUUGAUCUCAGUUAGUAUUUGAAUAAGAUCCGCUAGUUUAAUUUGAUGAAAAUAUGUUUCAUAAUGAAUAUGCAAUCAAUAAAUUGUUUCAUCAUUUCA